ACGUGGCAGUGGGUCUGUCCUGGCCUAUGAGCGGCGGCCCCGUGCCCCGGAAGAGGCGGGGUGUGAGCAGGAAGUGCCCCCCUUCUGCCGCGCCGCUCGGUCCCCCUUGGCUCCGCCAUGUCGCCGGUGAGGGCGGUGCUGGCGCUGCUGGCCGCGCUCUCAGCCCCGGCUGCCGGCUACUUCGUGAGCAUCGACGCGCACGCGGAGGAGUGUUUCCUGGAGCGGGUCCCGUCUGGCACCAAGAUGGGGCUCAUCUUCGAGGUGGCCGAGGGGGGCUUCCUGGACAUCGACGUGGAGAUUACAGGGCCUGAUAAUAAAGGGAUUUAUAAAGGAGACCGGGAGUCCAGUGGAAAAUACACAUUUGCUGCUCACAUGGAUGGAACUUACAAGUUUUGCUUUAGCAACAGAAUGUCCACCAUGACUCCUAAGAUAGUGAUGUUCACUAUUGAUAUUGGAGAAGCUCCAAAAGGACAAGACAUGGAGACAGAAGGUGGUGGAGAUACCUGGGAUGCUCAUCAGAACAAGCUAGAAGAGAUGAUUAAUGAGUUAGCGGUGGCCAUGACAGCUGUAAAGCAUGAACAGGAGUACAUGGAAGUUCGUGAGAGAAUACACAGAGCAAUUAAUGACAACACAAACAGCAGAGUGGUCCUCUGGUCAUUCUUUGAAGCUCUUGUACUAGUUGCCAUGACACUGGGACAGAUCUACUACUUGAAGAGAUUUUUUGAAGUCCGAAGAGUUGUUUAAGAAAACUUUUCCCAAUGAUCCCAACCACUCACUUUACUAUCUACCAAACAUCUUGGUCACAAAACAAUGUCAUUUAGUUUCUAAACCCUAAUUUCUGAACUAUAAAACUUAUUUGCUUAAGUUCCUAGUUAAAAUAAAAUGGUUUUUAUAUAUCUUCUGUAGCAAAAGCUGUGUUUAAAAUAUCUUGUCACUUAAUUGGUAUAAUUUUUUCACUUGAAAUCUGCCUAGUCUUUCUGCUAAGCGAGGUCUAAACAGACUGCAAAUGCUAUAAUUCAACCGUAGUAAUAAGCAAUGUUACUGUCUUUUUCUAACUUUUUUCUGUUUUCAUAAUUAAUUGCAAUUCUGUCUAGGGAAACAGUAAAAGGUCCUGAAGUGACUAUUUGCAUUCUUCACAUCCUUUAAUCCUGCAGUAGACAUUAUGGAAUGAAAAUAAUCCCCUCUUCACUUUCAUGUACUGCCCAGAAGGGCAAAUGAAACAGAACUUAAUUCUAAUGUGACUGAUAAUGAAUAGAAGACAGCUGACAUUUCCAGUAUAGUAUGCAUACUUGGUCACAAAAAAAUCUACAGUAAUGAUCUUAAUUACAUUGAUUUGUUCCCUACAUUCUUUUAAUUAAAAAUUGAUAUUAAAAUACACGCUUUCCUUUUAUUACCAGACAAUUAUGUGGUUUUAAUUUCACAGGUUUAUAACCAUCAAAGCCAGUUGUGUGCAGUGUCUUGGCAAACAGUAGUUAUUAACCCCAUAGUGCUUGCAGGUCUGAAGCUCAUACUGUUGGCACUAUUGCAGAAUGCACCAGUGUUCAGGAAAUCUGGAUUUCUGAUGCCAAAGGGUUAAUGGUUCUUGGGGCUUAUUGCAAUGCUAUGCAGCCCUUAUUUUAAUUUAAGUGGCAUUUUCUGCCAUUAUCUGGUCCUAAUUAGCAUAAUGCUAAGUACUGGUGUGUGUUUCUUUAUUUCAGGCACAUGUGGAUUUCAUUUUUUGUAUAAACAAUUACUUUCCUUUCUUGGUAUCUGAUGCUGGGUUUAAAAAAUGUAAAUGGUGUGGGUGCUGAUCCAGGAUUAUGUUGUGACUGAUGUAUAUUAGUUGUAAUCUUUUUUGGGGGAUGGGGUGGGGAUCUUUUCAAGAGGGGGGAAGGUCUACAAGUAACACACAACAGUUUUGUACAAUUAAUUUAAAAUUUGUUACAGGUUUUCAUGUUCCAAGUAAAUUUUUUCAACCUUGGGCAAACACUUGCAGCAGUUCUUCAAAAAGGGUGGCUGUUACACCUUAAUGCAACUGUUGUGUGCCAAUAUUUUUGUGUGAAACACUUCAAAAUUGAAUUCUAAGAUGUACAUUUAAAAUUGCUUGUGAAUCUAAAUAUGACCCAGGUUCAAUAAAUAAACAGAUUCUUAAAAAAGU